UCGCAGCCCCCUCCCGCCGGGUCAGCCCCGAGGAGUUGCCCGGUGGCCGCGGCAGACGGAAGCCGAGCGAGAACUCCGGCGGCCGCAGGAUGGGGGACUCCAAAGUGAAAGUUGCGGUGCGGGUCCGGCCCAUGAACCGACGAGAAAUUGACUUACAUACCAAAUGUGUGGUGGAUGUCGACGCAAACAAGGUUAUUCUUAAUCCCAUCAAUACUAAUCUUUCCAAAGGAGAUGCCCGGGGCCAACCAAAGGUAUUUGCCUAUGAUCAUUGUUUUUGGUCAAUGGAUGAGUCGGUCAAAGAAAAGUAUGCAGGUCAAGAUGAUGUUUUCAAGUGCCUUGGGGAAAAUAUCCUGCAGAAUGCUUUCGAUGGAUAUAAUGCGUGCAUCUUUGCCUAUGGACAGACUGGGUCUGGAAAGUCUUAUACCAUGAUGGGCACAGCAGACCAACCUGGACUAAUCCCAAGACUUUGCAGUGGACUCUUUGAACGAACUCAGAAAGAAGAAAAUGAGGAGCAGAGUUUUAAAGUAGAAGUGUCCUACAUGGAAAUUUAUAAUGAAAAAGUCCGAGACCUCCUUGACCCCAAAGGAAGCCGUCAGACGUUGAAAGUCAGGGAACACAGUGUGUUGGGGCCCUAUGUUGAUGGACUUUCUAAACUGGCUGUCACAAGCUACAAGGAUAUUGAGUCUCUGAUGUCUGAGGGUAACAAAUCUCGCACAGUGGCUGCCACCAACAUGAAUGAGGAGAGCAGCCGAUCCCAUGCGGUCUUCAAAAUCACUCUCACGCACACUCUCUAUGAUGUGAAGUCUGGGACAUCUGGGGAGAAAGUGGGCAAACUGAGCUUGGUGGAUUUAGCUGGCAGUGAACGAGCAACAAAGACUGGAGCUGCUGGUGACAGGCUGAAGGAGGGAAGCAACAUUAACAAGUCCCUCACAACCCUCGGACUGGUUAUCUCAGCCCUAGCAGAUCAGAGUGCUGGCAAAAACAAGAAUAAAUUUGUUCCAUAUCGUGACUCAGUUCUCACUUGGCUGCUCAAAGACAGUCUUGGGGGUAACAGCAAGACAGCUAUGGUGGCUACCGUGAGUCCCGCUGCUGAUAACUAUGAUGAGACCCUGUCAACUCUGCGGUAUGCAGAUCGCGCCAAGCACAUUGUCAACCACGCUGUGGUCAACGAGGAUCCUAACGCUCGCAUCAUCCGGGAUCUCCGUGAAGAAGUCGAGAAACUCCGGGAGCAGCUAACCAAAGCCGAGGCAAUGAAAUCUCCAGAGCUAAAAGACCGGCUAGAAGAAUCUGAAAAGCUAAUUCAGGAGAUGACUGUGACCUGGGAGGAGAAAUUAAGGAAAACGGAGGAGAUUGCGCAGGAGCGACAGAAACAGCUUGAGAGCCUCGGAAUAUCUCUUCAGUCUUCUGGAAUCAAAGUUGGGGAUGAUAAAUGUUUCCUUGUGAAUCUGAAUGCUGACCCCGCGCUGAAUGAACUUCUGGUGUACUAUCUGAAGGAACAUACAUUGAUAGGGUCGGCAAAUUCCCAAGAUAUCCAGCUGUGCGGAAUGGGAAUUCUUCCAGAACAUUGUAUUAUAGACAUCACGCCAGAAGGCCAGGUUAUGCUGACUCCUCAAAAGAAUACCAGAACGUUUGUAAAUGGGUCUUCUGUCUCCAGCCCGAUCCAGCUGCACCACGGGGACAGGAUAUUAUGGGGAAACAACCAUUUCUUCAGACUCAAUUUGCCUAAAAAGAAAAAGAAAGCUGAGCGAGAGGAUGAGGAACAAGACCCUUCUCUGAAGAACGAUAGCAGUUCUGAACAGCUGGAUGUGGAUGGAGACUCCUCCAGUGAGGUGUCCAGUGAAAUCAACUUCAAUUACGAAUAUGCCCAGAUGGAGGUGACCAUGAAGGCCCUGGGCAGUAAUGAUCCGAUGCAGUCGAUACUGAACAGCCUAGAACAGCAGCAUGAAGAAGAGAAACGAUCGGCGCUGGAGCGCCAGCGGCUGAUGUACGAGCAGGAGUUGGAGCAGCUCCGGAGAAGGCUGUGCCCCGAGAAGCAGAACUGCCGGAGUGGGGACAGGUUUUCCUUCCACUCGCCCAGUGCCCAGCAGCGCCUGAGGCAGUGGGCUGAGGAGAGAGAAGCAACGUUGAAUAACAGCCUGAUGAGGCUGAGGGAGCAGAUUGUUAAAGCCAAUCUAUUGGUGAGAGAAGCUAGUUACAUCGCAGAGGAGCUGGAUAAAAGGACAGAAUAUAAAGUUACCCUACAGAUUCCAGCCUCCAGCCUGGAUGCCAACAGAAAGCGAGGUUCUCUUCUUAGCGAACCUGCGAUCCAGGUGAGAAGGAAAGGAAAAGGAAAGCAGAUUUGGUCUUUGGAAAAACUGGACAACAGGUUAUUGGAUAUGAGAGACCUUUAUCAGGAGUGGAAAGAGUGUGAAGAAGAUAGCCCAGUAAUACGAUCUUACUUCAAGCGUGCUGAUCCAUUCUUUGAUGAGCAGGAAAAUCACAGUCUCAUUGGGGUGGCCAACGUCUUCCUUGAGUCUCUUUUCUAUGACGUCAAGUUGCAGUACGCUGUGCCAAUUGUCAACCAGAAAGGGGAGGUGGCAGGGCGGCUGCACGUGGAGGUGACGCGGAUCAGUGGUGAUGUCGGGGAAAGAAUUGCAGGGGGCGAGGAAGCUGCAGAGGUCUCCUUUGAGAAGGAGACCCAGGACAGCAAGCUGGUCUGCAUGGUUAAAAUUCUCCAAGCCACUGGGCUGCCACAGCAUCUGUCCCACUUUGUGUUCUGCAAAUACGACUUCUGGGACCAGCAGGACCCUGUGAUGGUGGCCCCCGAGGUGGACACUUCCUCCUCUCCCGUCAGCAAGGAGCCUCACUGCAUGGUCGUGUUUGAUCACUGCAGAGAGUUUUCUGUUAAUAUCACUGAAGACUUUAUUGAGCAUCUUUCAGAAGGAGCGUUGGCAAUUGAAGUAUACGGACAUAAGAUAAACGAUCCUCGGAAAAACCCAGCCCUCUGGGACUUGGGAAUUAUCCAGGCAAAAACACGUAGUCUCCGGGACAGAUGGAGUGAAGUCACGAGGAAAUUGGAAUUCUGGGUUCAAAUCUUGGAACAGAAUGAGAACGGUGAAUAUUGCCCUGUUGAAGUGACUUCUGCAAAGGACGUCCCGACAGGAGGGAUCUUCCAGCUCCGGCAGGGGCAGUCCCGGCGAGUUCAAGUGGAAGUAAAGUCUGUGCAGGAAUCUGGGACUUUGCCGUUGAUGGAAGAGUGUAUAUUAUCUGUUGGCAUUGGGUGUGUGAAAGUCCGACCACUGAAGUCCCCCAGAACACAUGAGGCCGUCCAGGAGGAGGAGGAGGACAUGGAUAGCUACCAGGAUCGGGAUUUAGAGAGACUUCGUAGAAAAUGGUUGAAUGCGCUAACAAAACGCCAGGAGUACUUGGAUCAACAGCUACAAAAGCUCGUCAGUAAACAUGAUAAAACAGAGGAUGAUGCUGACCGGGAAGCCCAGCUUCUGGAAAUGCGGCUGACCCUGACCGAGGAGAGGAAUGCGGUGAUGGUCCCCUCUGCUGGCAGUGGGAUUCCAGGCGCCCCAGCAGAAUGGACCCCAGUGCCUGGGAUGGAAACCCACAUUCCUGUUAUAUUCCUUGACCUAAAUGCUGACGAUUUCAGCUCUCAGGAUAAUCUUGAUGACCCAGAGGCUGGCGGGUGGGAUGCCACCCUGACUGGGGAAGAAGAGGAAGAGUUCUUUGAGCUGCAAAUCGCGAAGCACCACGAUGGGGAGGUUAAAGCCGAGGCCUCCUGGGACUCGGCGGUGCACAGCUGCCCCCAGCUCAGCAGGGGGACCCCCGCAGACGAGCGCGUGUUUCUGAUCGUGCGCGUCACAGUGCAGCUCAGCCACCCGGCCGACAUGCAGCUGGUGCUCCGCAAACGAAUCUGUGUCCAUGUUCACGGCCGCCAGGGUUUUGCUCAGAGUCUCCUAAAAAAGAUGUCUCAUCGAAGUUCUAUUCCUGGCUGUGGAGUGACUUUUGAGAUUGUCUCCAAUAUUCCAGAGGAUGCCCAGGGAGCAGAGGAGAGAGAAGCUCUAGCGAGAAUGGCUGCCAAUGUGGAGAACGCUGCCUCGGAGGCGCACAUUGAGAAGUACCUGCGGAGCGUGCUGGCCGUGGAGAACCUCCUCACCUUGGACCGUCUGCGCCAGGAAGUGGCGGUGAAGGAACAGUUAACAGGGAAGGGGAAGCUGAGCAGGAGGAGCAUCAGCUCUCCCAGCGUGAACAGAUUGUCUGGAAGCCGACAAGACCUCAUUCCGUCGUAUAGUCUCAGCAGCAACAAGUUCUCAGAGCUCCAGGCAGAGGGCCGGUGGGAAAGUCAGCAGGAUGUAUCCCAGACGGCAGUGUCCAGAGGGGUGGCUCCAGUCUCCCCAACCCUCGCUGUUUGUCCCCAGAAUAACCAUUCUCCGGAUCCAGGACACAGUAGCUCAGCCACCUCCUACUUGAAUCCAGUGAAGUCCUUUGUGCCACAGAUGCCAAAGCUCCUGAAGUCUCUGUUUCCCGUCCGGGAUGACAAAAGGGGCAAGCGGCCCUCUCCCCUGACACAGCAGCCCGUACCCUGUAUCAUGGUGCAGCCUGCCUUCCCGGACGCUGGGGCCACCAGGAUGGAGGCUCAGCCAGAGAGUGUGGGCACUGAUGUAUCCCCUGAGGUGCUGGUGCAGGUGGCGGCCCCCGCGGUGAGGAUCUGCGACAAGCCAGCUAAAGUGCCUUCCCCAACACCAGUCUCCGUGGUCACCCCGACACUAGAAGGGCAGGACGGGCCCCCCAGCCCUCUGAGCGAGGCUUCCAGUGGGUACUUCUCCCACAGUGUCUCCACUGCCACUCUGUCUGAUGCCCUUGGCCCCGGCCUGGAUGCCAUGGCUCCAGCUGGUGGCACCACACCCAGCGGCCAGGCUGAGACCCUGCUGCCAUCUGCUGCCUUGGAGACGCAGAACAUCUCUGCUGCCCGGCUGGACAGCCCAAGCCCUGGGCCAGCCCUGCCAGAGCCAGAGGCCAUGGCUCCCCUGGCCACCCAGCAGCUUGGCUUGGAGCCCCCUGCACCUGCCUCCCCGUUCCGCGUGCGCAGGGUGCGCACGGCCGAGCUCCAGUCCUUCUCAUGCAUGCUGGGUGCUGAUGCCAGCCCUGCCGCAGGGGGCCAGGGGAACCCACUGGCUGCUGGUGCCCAUGCUCUGGGAGGGCCGGACAUUGCCUCAGAUUCCGAGGAAGCUGACGAAGUCCCCGAGUGGCUCAAAGAGGGGGAGUAUGUCUCCGUGGGCACCAACAAGGUGGGCGUCGUGAGAUACGUCGGGCCCACCGACUUCCAGGAGGGGACGUGGGUCGGCGUGGAGCUGGACUUACCUGCAGGUAAGAACGAUGGCUCCAUUGGCGGGAAGCAGUACUUCAAGUGCAGCCCUGGCUACGGGCUGCUGGUAAGGCCCGGCAGGGUACGCAGGGCCACGGGCACCGGGAGGAGGCGCAGUGCGGGGGUCAGGCAACAGGGUGCCCCCGAGGCCCGCCGGGGUGCCACCCUUUCUGGCUCUGCCACCAACCUGGCCUCGCUGACAGCUGCGCUGGCCAAGGCCGACAGGAGCCACAAGAACCCUGAGAACCGGAAAUCAUGGGCCAGCUGAGCCUGCUGCUGCAGGAGCAUGGCUGGAGCUCAAAGGUGACAGCCCCGGGUGUGGGACGCCCCCAGCCCCCCGGGUGCUGAGUGGUGGAUGCUUUCUGCACAUUACAGGGCUGGUGACCCCUACUUUGUCUUUCUUCCCUGGGCCUCUGGAAGCUUUGUUUGUUCUCUACCUGGGAGAUGAGGGGGCACCUCGGCCUCCCCAGUGGGGGUCGCAGGUCCUAGGCACCCUCAGAGGUCGUGGGAUUGUGGGAGUGAGGCCCCGGGUGGCGCGACCCCUGCCACUUCUCCUCAGGCCUGUGCCUGAGCCUCCCAGCUGGGGUUCUUGUUGCUCUUUCCCUUUUGUCUAUUCUGGUGACCCCAGGAAUGUCUUAAUUUAAACUCUAACCUAACUAGUGCCUUUUUUCCCCUGCCAGGUGGCACGCCCACCCUGACAUCCUGGCAGGUGCCUGGAGACCCCCUGCUUCCCACACCAGUGAUGGUCCCCUAAGUGCCUCUGGCCUCCCGAGGCCCCAGGCCACAGUCCUGUGCCCGAGGAGGGGGAGCCUUCCUGCCACGCUGCUCUGACAGGGUUUCUUAGAGUUUCUUCAUGGGUGUUCUAAUGUCUUUACACUUGCAAAGUCUUACCUAGUAGCCAUUUAGUUCCUUAAUAGAAUGCUUGGAAUAUUUAUUUAUAUUUAUUUUUUCAAAAUCUGAAAUCACUUGCAAGCCACAAUCGUCUGCCUGGGCGUCCCUGGCCUCUGUCUUCUCAGCCCGGGGCUGUUCCGGGGCAGCUUGAGGGUGAAGCCCUCCUGCUGCUCGGCCCAGGUGCACCUGCUCUAACUGGGAUGGGCGAAUGCUUGGGGAAUUGUGUUGUGCUUCUGUAGUCAGUGACAAAGUAAGUUAGAGGCAUUUAUUUCCUUAUUUUGUGCAAUUGUGGUUUCUGGGAAGGUGCUUAGUCUGGUUUAGCUUCUCACCAAUUCCUAAGCCCUGACCCCGUGGCUACGCCUGGGGGAUGAGGUUUGAGCAGGGGCUUUGGGGGGUGGGGGGGAGCCUGCAGCAACCUUGCCCAGGCCCCCCGUGGUGCUGGCUGCACAGCCGGAAGCACCCAGGGCACCCCCCCCCCCACCUCCUUGCUGGGGCGCUUCUGGGCCCGGUCACUGGGUGUGUGUGGAAGUCAGGAGGAGUCUGGCAGUAGACACAAACUGACGGUCUUCAGAGGGGGACAGGACCCAGAUGAGGAUUUGCGUGGCCGCUCUUGGUACCCGUUUCUGGUCCUUACGUUGGAACAACACUUACAAAGCUUUGUUGAGGAGUUUCUAGUUCUCUGGGGACUUGGCGCUCCUCUGUCACCUCCUCUGGAGGAGGACUGGGGGCUCUCUGUCUCUGGCGGGGGCUGCCUCCCUGGUGGCUCCUGAGAACAUUGCAGCGUCCUCUGGCCACCUGCAUGCAGCCCCUGCCUAGCUUGGGAACAGACAGAAGCCCCUGCUGAGUGUCGUGAGUCCAUACUUGAGACCUUUUUGUCCAGCAUCCAGCCAGAGGUUGGCCCUGGCUGCUGCUGGGAGGGGUGGUUUCCUUGGUGGGCCCCUCACAGCUGCCUUGGGCACCCCCGUGUGCUGCACAGUACCUGGCUAGGCGUGGGCGUCCCUGUCUGUCCCCAGCUGCAGGGCCAGACACGGGGGAGCCUGCCCCAGCUCAGCCUGGGAUGGUGCUACCCUGGUGUCCUAUCAGCUCUGACCCCACAGAUGUCCCUGACCCACGAGGACAGGUGGGGCAGCUUCCCGGAGAGCAGCACAGCAGGAGCAGGUCUGGCAGGGGUGUGGCGGGCUGCUAUCCUGCCCCUGGUGUCCUAUCAGCUCUGACCCCGCAGAUGUCCCUGACCCAUGAGGACAGGCAGGGCAGCCUCCUGCAGGGCAGCACAGCAGGAGGGGGUCUGGCAGGGGUGCAGCGGGCUGCUGUCUUGCCUUUUCUCCUGCACUGCGACCUGCAUGACCCUUAGGGCUGGAAAGAGGCAGUGACCCAAGUACUCUGUCAAAAUGUGUGUGGUGUCACUGUCACCAUCCACUACCCCUCUUGGGCAGCUGGGAUCUACCCCAGCCUUCCUCUGCUAGAUAACCGCAGGACAUGUUGGAGAAUGGCCUCCUAACUUGCCUGGCCACGCAUGUGGCCCUCAGGCCUUUCGGAAGGACACAGGCCACAAGGGUAGAAAGGCCCCUUCACCUGGGGACUGCAUUGGGUAGUGGAGGGCAAGAAGUGGGCAACUGGUGUCCCUGGUGCCCAGGCCUGAUUGGGGGAGCAGGAGGGCACCAGUGAGGAGAGGGAGGGUUUGGGGGCCCACCAGGUGGGGCAUGUGUGUUCUGUGAGAGGACUGAGCGGGGGACAUGACUGCUGACGAGCUUAGGUGUGUGGCCCUGCUGCUCCUGGCAUCUCCUCCUCCUGCCUUAAAGUUCCCUGUGUGGGAAACAGGAAGUCAUGGGUGUUUCCUCUCCCUGCUGAGUCUCGCCCUGCCUGUCCGAGGCCUGCCUGUGUGCCAGGGGGUGUUGAGUUGGUCCUCCUUGUGACUGGCUCCCAGGCCACCUGGACGGGAGUGCCCGGCUGUCGUGCCUCCGUCCUGGGGACUGGCCCUUGACCUGUGCUUCACACCCAACACCAGCUGAUCGUACCCAAAGGCGUCUUUCUCUUACAAAGUCUGCCUUCCUGGUGGGCUGAUGACGUUAAUGGUAUCAGGAGGGUCUUGGGACGUCUCGGUAUGUGGACUUCUUUUGUAAAUGUGAUGGGUUCACGUAUACAGAAGUGACUUUGAUUCUGGGGUUAUAUUGAUUCGUUACACAUUAAAUGAGAGUUCAAAAAUCCAAAGACCUGUAAUGAAUUGUAAAGACUUUAAUGAUUUGUAUAAAGAACUAAACUACUGUAAUUUUGUACCAUAUAUGCCUCUCCGUCAGAUGACCAACAGCUUCUAAAUAAAACCAGGUGAUUUCUUGCCUA